CUAACUUGCUAUACUUAAAGUGUGAACUAAGACUCAAGUUUGAAGUCCACGUUACCCCGCAAGUUGUUUCUGACUUUAGAGAUGAAUAAUCAAACAUCUUGGUAACUCCGAUGAGAAUCAACAACAACAUGAUCAUGAAGAGUUCUCCAAGAUCUUCUUCAACACCAAUGGAUCCAAGAAUCUGGAGCAAGCUACCUCCAGAGAUCUUAGAAUACAUCCUCUCUUUUCUUCCCCUCAAAACCUUCCUCAAUCUCAGGUCAACUUGCAAGUCUUUCUGGUCUCUCAUCUUCACUCCUCCUUUCAUAAACAAACACUCUUCUUCUUCUUCUUCUUCUUCUUCUUCACCUUUCUCUAACUUCCUCUUCCUCUCACACCCUCAGUUCCACCAUAGCCACUUCACUCUCUAUGACUGCAACCACGCCACGUGGCGCAACAUCUCCCUCUCCCUCACCACCAAUGAUUCUUCCUCCCUUCACCAUUCUUCUCCAUCAUCAUCAUGCUUCACCACACUUGUUUCAUCCGGUGGGUUGUUCUGUCUCUCCGAUCCAACCUCAUGUUCUUUGCUUGUGUGCAAUCUCUUGGCAAAAACUUCUAGAAAGAUUGAAUAUCCAAGUUUCAAUCUUCACCUUGAGCAUCUCACUUUUGUUACAACCCCAAAAGGGUACACAAUUUUUGUCCUUUUCUCUCACUCUUCUUCUUCUCCUUCUUCAAGUUCUAGUAAUGUGUUUGUCUAUGACUCAAAGGUGCUAUCUUGGACAAGAUUUGAAGGGCGUUUUGGGGUUAAUUUAGGUGAUAACAUUCGCCAGCAUCAAGGUGUUUACUUUAAUGGGGGUUUGUAUUUUGCAACCCCAGAGCCAUUUUCUGUGGUGAAAUUUGAUUUGGGGAUUGGGAAAUUGGAGAGACCAAUUGGGGUGUUACCAAAUCAAGUUACAUUCUUGAGAUUGGUGGGGGAUGGAGGAGAGGGUAAAAAAAUGUACUUGGUUGGUGGGGUUGGGAGCAAUGGAAUCUCAAGGAGCAUAAAAUUGUGGGAGUUUUGUGAAGAAAAUGAUUAUGGGAAUUAUUGGAAUGAAGUUGAGAGUUUACCUGAUCUUAUGUGUAGGAAAUUUGUGUCAGUUUGUUACCAUAACUAUGAACAUGUUUAUUGCUUUUGGCAUGAAGGGAUGAUAUGCAUUUGUUGCUACACUUGGCCUGAGAUUUUGUAUUACUUGGUUUCAAGGAAGACAUGGCAUUGGCUUCCAAGGUGCCCUUCUUUGCCUCUCAAAUGUAGCUGUGGAUUCAAGUGGUUCUCUUUUGUUCCUAAUCUCUAUGCUGCUGUUUGAGACAUGUAUGUAAUGUAUCACCCUUUUUGUCUUUUAUCUUCUUUCUUCUCUUUAAUUUUUCAGUUGCUUUUAGUUUGUUGGAGAUAUCCUUAGAUUUGGUAUGUUUUUUUUUUUAAUAUGAUUUUUGGAAUGAGAAUGAUACUUGAUUAGUUGAA